AUGGAUAAGAGCUAUAGCAGCGCAUUGUACAAUAGGGAUGUGCCAGAUGCAUACGUGAGGCUAUUAGAAGAACGCAGCGGCAGCCGAUCUGAGUUGAAUGUAGAUUCUAACGAUGAACUUGACAAUGAGCUGUCCGACGAUGUGAUGGAUUACGUUUCGCAAGAAGAAUCUGAUGCAGAAGAUAACGAGUACCAGCAAUUCAAGACGUCUCUGAUGCGAGAUGAUUGGCUCAGUGACGAUGAGGAAGACUACACGGACGAGGCGGAUCAGAGCUUCAUUCUGGAGAGCGAAACGGAGGUCAGUGACCCUGAUGAUCUGUACGAUAAGGAAAAAGAAUACGGCACUACUCUACCAGGCAGAAGUCGACUUGCGUAUGUGGUGGUGGGUUUACUGUCACUUAUGGUGAUUGUGCCGAUGCUGUUUCGAGGAAACAGCGACAUCGCGCUUUCCGCACCCACAAGCAAUGACAACGUUGCACAGCUGCGUUUGCAGGUGAACAGUCUCUACCGGGAGCUGCAGGAGUAUCGAAAGAGUGCCGACUCGAAACUCGAAAACAACAUUCGGUUGGUGAUCUCGCAGAUGGAGAAGAACAUCAAAAAACUGUUCCCACGCGACGUGGUGUCGAUGAAGUCGGAUUUCGAGCAGCUUGAGGCUCAAGUCCAGGAUCUUUCGCAAGCCUUAAGUAGGCGGAACAUGACUCAAUGGCAGGAUAUCUUGAUCCAGGAGCUCUCGACAGCAUUGCCCGAGCAAAUCCCCGUGGUUAUUGACAACAGCACCAAGGCGCUCAUGGUGAUUCCGGAGCUGCGCCAAUACCUAUCGCAAUUGAUCCCGCAAGUCUUUAACCAAACCAUACAGCCCGUAGAGCUUCCAUCGUUCCACUACGAUGUCAGUAAGUACGUGCGCGAGAUUCUUCGGGACGAGUUUCAGUACGUGGACCUCAACUUCUUUCUCAAGGAAUUGGACUCUGCGCUGCGCGUUACCAAGGAAGAGAUUUUGCACGAGAUGGAGUCACGGCUAUCGACCGUGGCCAAUGUCCCGCAGCAAUACUCCUACGCGCUACAACGCAAGCUGAUCAACAAGAUUUACAACGCAAAUCAACACCAAUGGCAGGACGACAUCGAUUUUGCUACUUCUGCGCAGGGUACGAGGUUGCUCAACCACCUUUGCUCUGCCACUUUCAAAGGCAUGCGUGGUCUGCCGUCAAACGAGGUUUCCCCAGUAGAGUUGCUCGCAGACUCGCCCACCGCCACAUCCACAUAUUGGCUAUGUCGCGACUCUGUGGGGUGCACCUGGGCGGCACGCUUUGCACAGCCUCUCUAUCUCACAAGAGUUUCGUACAUUCACGGCAGAUUCACAAAUAACCUUCACUUAAUGAAUUCUGCACCCAGAGCCAUCUCGCUAUACGUCAAACUCCAGUCACCUACCAAGUCCAAGUUCCAAGAAGUAGCUAGGGUCCAUCAUAAAGGUCAGAGUUUGACUAAAGACAGCUCGUUCCUUCUGGUCGACACCUGGAAUUACACACUUGCGGAUCGUCGCAUCAGGCAAGACUUCCCUCUUCCGGCUUGGUACAUACAGCUGAAACCUUAUGUCCGUGCGGUUGUCUUCGAGGUUCAAGAUAAUCAUGGAAACAGCCAUUAUACGGCAUUGAGAAAGUUCAUACUCAAUGCGGUAACUGCUCAAGACCUACAAUUGGCAAAUUCCGUGUCCGCCGAACGCGACUUCGAUGUACCCGAAUACGCCGUUCCAUGGGAAGACCGGGAAAGACUACGCGCGUCUAAAGUGGCUAUGUGGCAGCAUCCAUCUGCUACCCCACCAUCUGAAGCUGUUCCAGCCUUUGGACAAGAUGAGAUUGAUGCCUAG